GUCAUUGAAUGUUUAUUUUCGGUGGUUGCCGAAAUUUUUCUUCAAAAAAGUUGUUUCUUUUUCAAUUAUUGUUUUAAUGGUAAAAUACUUGAAGAAAUCGUUAAAUUAUAAAACAUAAAGUGCAUAGAAUAGGCUAAGUGUAUAAAGUGCUUGUGUUCAAGCUGAAAAUGUCUUCGGAAAUUCUGUUUGUCGUCGAAGGCACCGCCAUCAACGGGGCCUACAUAAACGACAUGAAGAGCAACUACAUCAUCCCGACGCUGGAGUACUUUUCGCAGAGCACCGUUGGGGACGACCGCGGGGGAAACGACAGCUACGGAACGGACAAGAAUGGCAACCAGUACGGGAUUGUGAUGUACAAGACGUCCCAAAGUUUACCUGGCGUGUGCUGCACCACUUUCGGCCCAUACAACAGUGCCCACAACGUACUGGGAGCGCUAGACAAGUUGGAACUGAGCGGAGGAAAGAGCGAAUCGCAUGCCAAUCUGGCGGAAGGGCUGGCCACUGCGUUGGUUUGUUUCGAUGAGUUUGAUCAGCUUCGCGAGAGUGGGAUGAAGGUGCACAAGUAUUGCAUUCUGAUCGCGGCCAGUUCCCCCUACACGAUGUACGUGACGGAGUGCUAUGCGUAUGAGAACAAAAGUGUGGAACAGCUGGUGGGGUUGUUUUUGGAGAAAAAUAUCAACUUGUCCAUUAUUUCGCCGAGGAAGAUUCCGGUUCUGUUUAAGUUGUUUGAGAAGUCCGGUGGGGAUUUGAGUUUGUGCAGUACGAAAAAUUAUUGCAAAGAUCCGCGCCAUUUGGUACUGCUGAAAGGGUUUAGCUUGAAGGAACGUCCGGUAAGUCCGCCUGUGAAUCAGAUUAGUCAUAAUCAGACGGCCAGUAUGCCGAGUCCAAACCCGAAUCAGCAACAGCAACAACAACCCGUCGGAAAUCAGAAUGUGAUGGAUAAUGUAGGAGGAAAUAUGAAUAUGAAUAACAUGGGCAACAACCCUGGAAUGAGGGGACCAAUGGUCAAUCAGCAGGUCGGAUUGCAACAGCAGUUGCAGCAACAACAGCAACAGCAGCAGCAGCAGCAACAACAACAGCAGCAGCCAUGUAGGAUGAACUUUCCACAGAACAACAUGGGCAAUCAAAUGUUCCCUAAUCAAAUGCCGAAUCAACCAGGAGUAGGUUUAAUGUCCUAUCAGCAACAAUUGCAACAACACCAACAGCAGCAGCAGCAGCAGCAGCAACAACAACAACAGCAACAGCAACAACAACAGCAGCAGCAGCAACAGCAACAACAACAGCAGCAAAUGCGUUGGAUGGCACCUCCACAACAACAAGGACGCAAUUUUAUGGGUCCUGGUGGAGGAAUGAACGGGCAACAGGGUCGACCUCAGCAGCAACAGCAGCAGCAACCACCGAAUCAGAUGAUGGGCAACAACGCCCAAUCGAACUCGGUUCUUAUUUCACAGCUCACGACUCCACCUCAUUCGAUGAAUGCUCAACAGCAAAUGAACCAGGCCAACAACCCUCAGAUGCGAAUGCCCUUCGUCAACAAUUGUCUCCAGCAGCAGCAACAGCAGCCUGGCCAGUCAAUGCCCCAGCAGAACAUGCUGCAACAGCAAAUGAUGGCCCAACAGCAGCAACAGCAGCAGAACAUGCAAGUGCAAGGGAUGCAGAACCAAAUGGGAGUUCCUGGAAACCAGAUGGGUGGAGGUCCAAUGGCUAACCAAAUGAUGGGACCCAAUCAGCAGCAGCAACAACAACAGCAGCAGGUUGGAAUGCCCAAUCAGCAGCAAAUGGGAAUGGCCCAACAACAGCAGCAGCAACAGCCACAACAACAGAUGGUACAAGCAGGGCAGCAGCAACAAAUGGGUCAACAGCAGCAACAGUUGCCUCGUGAACGCAUCUGGUCCGGUAUACUCCAAUGGAUUGAAAAACCGAACAAAAAUGAUUCUAGCAAGCUGACGCGACAGGUGCCCUGCUCGGUGACGGCAAACAUCCGCGACGGAGAACCGGAAAUUCGAGCAGACAAUUGGCCUCCCCAAUUACUAAUGCAACUGAUGCCGAAAACACUUGUUGGAACCGCUGGCGGGGUGUACAUUAAGGAGUCCAAGACUGUUGUCUUCGUGCCUCAGCCAUGCGAGUCACUCGAAGCCCUUUCCAAAGUGAUGGGAUCAGGAUUUGCCGGUUGCGUGCACUUCACCACGUCACCUAACUGCGAUAUUAAAGUACUCAUUCUGCUUUACACAGCGGAAAAGAAGGCCUAUUUGGGCUUUAUUCCGAACAAUCAAUUGGCUUUCGUCGAUCGACUGAAGAAGGUUAUUAUGCUGAACAAGCAGCAUUCCGGCUUGGGGGCGCCCCAGAGUGGAAUAAUGCCACAGCAACAACCACAGCAGCAGCAACAGCAACAACAGCAGCAGCAACAGCAACAACAACAACAGCAGCAACAACAACAGCAAGUCAAUCAGCAAAUGAUGGGUGGACCGAUGGUUCCGGGACCAGGUCAGAUGGUACCUGGACCGGGCCAAAUGGUUCCCGCUGGAAUGCAACAGGGCCCACGUAUGGGUGGAAUGGUCAAUCAGCAGAUGCAACAAGAUCAGUUCAACAACUACGGUCAGAUGGGUAAUCAACAGAUGCAGGAUCCGAGUAUGCAGAUGACCCAGGAGCAGCAGUACAAGAUGUUGCUGCAGCAGCAACAGCAGCAACAACAACAGCAGCAGCAGCAACAUCAACAACAGCGAAAUAUGGGUGGCCCUAUGGGCAAUAUGGGGAUGAACGUCGGCAUGCAGAACCAGCGGAUGAUGCGUCCGGUUUUAUCGAACAAUCCGGGCCUGCGGCAUCUGCUGCAGCAGCAACCGAACCCCCAGUUCCGGCAGCAGAUGGCCAUGGGUAAUCCAAACAAUCCGCUCGGGCAGAUGGGUGGCCAGAGGCCAAACUUGCAGCCCAAUCCCAACCAGGCGCCGUUCGAUGAUGCCAACUUUGACUUUAUGUAAAACAGAGACGAUGAUGGCGGCGAUGGAACGGUGGUUGGUAAGUAGGUAUUAAUCCGUAGACUUAAAUAUUCUCUAUAGGAUGUUCCCAUUAUAAUCAAUAUACGACAUUUAUUGCUAAUGUGAUAACAA